AUGCCACUGGGACGCAAGCUAAAGGGACCACUGGAGCAGAUGCUGCAUCGAAACAUUUCCCCUGAUCAACCCACCUAUGCCACAGUGGAAGAACUGUUCCAAGUCGUCCGGAACAACGUAGCCCGUGCCCAGGAACGGCAAGGGAGGUAUUACCACGGCAGACAGCGGGCAGUCACGUACAAUGGGGGCGACCUCGUUUGGUCCACCCGAAUCUCAGCAUGUCUGGCAGACAUCUCAUUUUGGAUGGCUGCUCAUCAGCUGAAGCUCAAUCUCAGUAAAACCGAACUGUUGUUUAUCCCUUGUGACUCAUCUCCAGGUCAAGACCUUGUGAUAUCCAUGGACAACAACCAAAUCACUCCCUCAACCACUGCCCGCAAUCUUGGGGUAACUGUGGACAAUCAUCUGUCAUUUUCCCCACACAUCGCUAACCUUACUCGCUCUUGUCGAUUUCUUCUUUACAAUAUCAGAAGAAUUCGCCCAUUUCUUUCUUCACAGGCUACUCAGGUGCUUGUUCAGUCUCUUGUUAUUUCAAGACUGGACUACUGCAACUCACUCCUGGCAGGCCUGCCUUUGUCCACGAUUCGUCCUCUGCAACUGAUCCAGAAUGCAGCAGCACGACUCGUUUUUAACCUUCCCAAGUUCUCCCACACCACCCCACUCCUCCGCUCCCUGCACUGGCUUCCUGUAGCUGCCCGCAUCAAAUUCAAAACACUGAUGCUUGCCUACAAAGCCAAAAAUGGCCCAGCACCCACCUACCUCUCUGCGCUAAUUACACCACGCACUGCGCCACGUUCCCUCCGAUCCUCCAGCACUGCUCGCCUCAUCCCACCAUCUCUCAGGGAUCGAGGGCGGCAUUCAUCCAGGCUCUUUUCUGUUCUGGCACCUAGGUGGUGGAAUGAACUUCCGCUAGAUGUCCGUACAUCAGAUACUUUGACUAUCUUUAAACGACGACUCAAGACGCAUCUGUUUCUCCAG